AUGUCAGGAUUAAGAUCGACUUCAGGCUCAACUAAUGGUAAGAACUAUGAUUCUAUCAUGAAGAUUUUAUUAAUUGGUGAUUCAGGUGUUGGUAAAUCUUGUCUUCUAGUUCGUUUUGUUGAUGAUAAAUUUAACCCUUCUUUUAUCACUACUAUUGGUAUUGACUUUAAAAUCAAGACUGUUGAAAUUAAUGGUAAAAAAAUCAAAUUACAACUUUGGGACACUGCUGGUCAAGAAAGAUUCCGUACUAUUACAACAGCUUACUAUCGUGGUGCUAUGGGUAUUAUCCUGGUAUAUGAUGUUACCGAUGAAAAAACUUUUGCUAAUAUUAGGCAAUGGUUCAAAACUGUUACUGAACAUGCAAAUGACGAAGCUCAGUUAUUACUAGUCGGAAACAAGAGUGAUAUGGACACAAGAGCGGUGACGUACGAACAAGGUGAAGAAUUAUCUAAGGAACUGGGGAUCCCAUUUAUCGAAUCUAGUGCUAAAAAUGAUGAAAAUGUCAAUGAAAUUUUUUCUACUUUAGCGAAAUUGAUUCAAGAAAAAAUUGACAGUAAUAGACUUGCUGCUAAUGGUACAGGAAAAGAUUCAAACUUAAAUAUCAACUCAGGUAGUGGUAGCAGUUCUAAAGCUAACUGUUGUUGA